GUGUAGAGUGACUGCCUGAAUAGAGAGGUUUACUUUCCUCACUUACUGUAUGUGUGUAGGGGCAGGGUUAGUGAUGUCAGUCUGAAAGUACCAGAUAAAACGUUUCAGCGCGUUGUUUUGAUCUUGUGAAUAGGCUGUGGAAGAGGGCGAGACUGGCGGUUCAUCUGCGCAGAAAAUAUAUUAACAAUUUCAAAUGGGGAUACAAGAGGACUUUACGCGCGCUUGAAGGUGAUUUAACGAACAAUUUUUCUUUGGAAAGUCUAUUACCAGGAUCAGCAUUUAGUCUGAUUCCCAUUUACUUGCACUCAUCUAUUGUCUCAUACCUUGUAUUGUUACUUUGCAACUAAAUGCAGAGAAAGAAAAUAGCAAGAACAAUAGACAAUAGUUUAUGGUUAGCUUACUUAUAUUUCUGCCAUUGUGUCGCCUAAUGACUGCAUUUCAUUUAAUUUCACCUGAGGUUAAUAUUUCAAUAAAGCUUAUCUUUACUGUAUAUGACUUUACAGUAUAGCCCUUGAAUUAUAAAUAUUGUCUUAAAAGCAUCAGCCAGCUUGUUCAUUAUUUUUGGCCAACCCUGCAUCCUACUCACUGGGUGAAUGUUAGGUUAACAACAACGGGCACUAUCGAAACAGCGCACAAGGGGGAGAUUGGUGGCAAGACCUGAAAUAACCUUUAUUUUGCCAGGUAUGGAUGAAAACAUUGAAAGCAUUACUUGAAUGGGCCUAUACUGAAAGAAGAUAAAGAGAAAACCCACCAGUGACAAUAGAAUUCCCACUGAAUUCUUUGGACAAACACGUCAACAUAGUAGACAUAUUUCAAAAAUGAAUUCCAAAUUCUAAAUUGAUGCUGCAAAUACAGUAGCCUAAUAACAAUAGUUUCCUCAUUUGUGUUCAAUCAGGCGGUAUCAUGGCAGGCUGCUCUGACCGUCACUUUCCUUAAUAGGCAUGACCCGUUUACAGUGUAGCAGGUUUCAAAGGCGAGUUGAUGUGAUGCGCGCAGGUGAGGCUAGAUGUGAGUCAAGUUGACGUUUUCCUUUGACCGGUGAAAUAGCCAGAAGCUUUUAUAAACCAAAUAUAAAUUGAACCUCAAUAUGCAAUAGCCUGAAGAUUUUGCACUGUCAACGUCACAUACUGCUACAGUUCCGCCCUUUGAGUGCACUCUAUUUAGCUGCGUUUUGAAGUCGAGAAGUAAAACUGGCAUCUGAGGAAAAUAGGUGCGACAAACCUGCCUUGUAAACACAUGUGAAUUAAAGUGUUAGUCUAAGUAAAUGUUUGAUAAAGGGCAUUGAAUGCAGUGCACUAAAUAGACCAGCCCAAACCAAAAUAGGUAAUUGCUUAUGCAAAACAUAGGCUACCUGCUUAAAAAGUUUUAAUCCUUGGAUUUAUUAUAAUACUAUUAUUUUAGAAAUAUACAGAGUUACCCAGUUAUCAUUUAAUGGGGAAUAUGUGUUUUAAUCAAAUCAGAUCUUGUUGCUAGUUUAUUCAACUUUUAUAUCUUAGAAGGAAUAAACUAAAAACAUUCCAAAAUAUCAAUUCCAAAUCUAAACUCCAAAAUGUUGUGUCUCAGACUACUGGCUGUUGUCCUCAUAAUGAUCAAUACUUGGUUGCUAAACUCUGCUCAAUCAGAUCAUAUCCAAAAGUACAAACGCACAUUGGCUCAGAGAGCUGACAGUGAAGUGGCUCACUUAGCAAGUGAACAGUGCAGGUCCACUCGACAGCCGAGACAAGUAACAUACUCAGCAUCAGUUCUACAUCUCCCUCCAGUGGCUCACCCAAGCAGAUACACCACAAGGCAAAGAGGUCUCUAUCAUAUAGGUCCUCUUGAGAAGUCCUCUUGUUCAGGUGGGUGCAAUUCUGAUGCUAAUUCUAACCCAGGACUGCAUAGUGCCUCUCAUUGGGGCAAUGGUGAGAAGAAGGUUAAUCGGGGAAACUCUGAGGCAGUGCUACCCAAAGACAAGGAGAGACAUGUUAAGAGUAUGGGGUUGGUCAGUUCUCCUCACCUCGACUCCAGUAGAAAGCCUCCCAGUCAGCCUAAGGUGACAGUUGAUUCAAACAGUGACAAUGACAAACCAGAGGUUGAUGGUGUGCGCUCUGAGGGCCCAGACAAGCAGUUGCCGCUCAAGAAGCAGCAGAGAGUUCCGACUGACACGCCCACCUUCCACAGAAGGGUCCGCCGUAGCCCGGCAGUCUCCAAUGGUGAAGACAGUCGGGCAGCUUUCCCUGAAAGCAUAGUAAACUCCCGGGGGAUAUUCUCUACGUUUCGACAGCUCAGUGACUAUUCUGCUGAGAGUGAGGACUACCCUGGGGAUCAGGAGGGACCACCUAACCCCGGCCCCGCCAGAAUGUUGUGGGGUGCCCAGAUCCCAGAUGUCCACCCUAAGUGGAUGUCUGCUUUGUACUUUAAUGGACAGAAGGAACAACUGAGGGUCAAUCCAACAGCUGGUAUUGAGCUUCCUCGGGCUAAGUUCAGUGUUGAACUGUGGGUCAAACCAGAGGGUGGGCAGACUAACCCAGCCAUCAUAGCAGGGGUUUUUGACAACUGCUCCUACUCCUUCAGUGAGAAAGGAUGGUCAGUAGGUAUUCGGACAGUAGAACCCGGGGGGAGAAAAGAUGCCAGAUUCUUUUUUACACUUCGUACUGACCGCGCUCCCAAAGCAACGACUAUCUAUGGGCAUCAGCGCUACCACCCUAACUCCUGGACUCACCUGAUGGCCAGCUACAAUGGUCACAAUAUGACCCUCUACAUAGAUGGUGCCAAGGUUGCGGAGAGCCGUUUGCAGUCUGGUAACCUCUACAGCCCAUUCAUGGAGACCUGUCGAACACUUCUUCUCGGUGGGGACCAAUCAGACCUUGGGCACAACUUCCGAGGGCACAUCGGAGGUAUUGUGUUAUGGGUGCUUCCUCGCACUCACGAGGACCUCCUGAAAGGGCGCUCUCAGAUUGAUAAGAGGGAACCAAACCUCGCUCUCUGGGCUGACUUCUCUGAGGUAGAGCAACAUUGGAGUCCUCAUAAGGACGGCUACCACCCGUCCAUAGUCAUUAUCCCUAUCCCUGAGCUGGAACAUGUGUCCCCCUUCGUGCCCCCUCCCUGUGGCUUAACAGCCUGUGACAACACAGACAUCAUCCUCGGCUACAAUAACCACUGGCAGCUGCGCACAGAGAAGAGGAUCAGCUACCGCAUUGUCAACAUCUGUAACGACGACGGAAGUCGUCCCACCGUCUCCCAGGCCCAGAUCCAGCAGCAGCACCAGGCACUUGUCGAAGCCUUCCGUCCCCACAACAUCAGCUUGGAGCUGAGCACGCAUACCAUCCAGAACACAUCUCUACGCCAGCGCUUCAUCCUAAGCAACUGCCGGAUCAGUAAGAUUGGUAACAGGCACUGUGAUGCGGAGUGUGACCACCCACUGACGGGCCAUGAUGGUGGGGACUGUCUGCGCCUGGGGCCCUGCUACAACUGGAAGAGGCGGGACGGGGUCUGCAACACAGAGUGCAACAGCAUCCACUAUGACUUCGAUGAUGGGGACUGUUGUGAUCCGGAAUGCACGGAUGUCCUGAAGACCUGCUUCGACCCAGAGUCCCCAGACAGAGCCUAUAUGAGUGUAAAGGAACUGAAAGAGGUGUUGCACCUGAGCAGCACAGACACCCUCAAUGUUUUCUUUGCCAACAACUCAGCCCGUGAAGAGUUAGCAGGGGCUGCAACCUGGCCAUGGGCAAAGGAGGCCCUCAACCAUCAGGGUGGAAUGGUCCUCAAUCCAUCCUACUUUGGCACUGUCGGACACAAUAACACAAUGAUCCAUGAGAUGGGCCAUAUCUUUGGACUGUAUCAUGUCUUCAAGGGGGUCAGUGAGCGGGAGUCCUGUGAUGACCCCUGUCAGGAGACCACUCCCUCCAUGGAGACAGGAGACCUAUGUGCAGACACGGCUCCUACACCAAAGUCAAAGGCCUGCCAUGACCCUGGCCAUGUAAACGACACCUGUGGGAUAACGCUCUACCAGGACACACCGUACAACAACUACAUGAGUUACACUGACGAUAACUGCACCAACCAUUUCACACCAAAUCAAGUGGCUCGGAUGCAUUGUUAUAUGGAUCUAGUCUACGAGAACUGGCUGAAAGGGAAAAGGCCCACCCCCAUCCCUCUCAAGCCCAUGGUGAUUGGACAGAGCUCAGACUCGGUCUCCAUUCAUUGGCUUCCACCUGUAAGAGGGCCACUUCAUCAAAGUUCUCCUACAGUGGAUAGUGUAAACUGCAGGGACUGUGAGGCAGAUGGUGUGUUCCAUCAGUAUGCCUAUGAGGCCACAUCGCCACGGGUCUGUGACUCCUCCGGAUACUGGACACCUGAAGAGGCUACUGGCCCUCCAGAUGUAUACCAGACCUGCGAGCCCAGCCUACAGGCCUGGAGUCCAGAACUCAGCCUGUAUGAUGCCAACGUGACGUCUCCCUGCCCUGAAACCGAGGGCUGCGUCCUGAUGCUGCGCUUCCUCCACCUUGUGGUCCCUGACAGCCUCACUGUGUGGGUCACCUACAUCUCAGCCGAUAACCAGGUGAUUACCAACAUCGAGCUAAUAACAGACACAGACGAGUCUCUAGACAUGGGUCCACAGCACGUCUUCUGUGAUGUGCCCCUCACCCUACAUGUGCACACCGAAAAAAGGGUGGCAGCUGUCAAACUGAGCACCUUUGAUGAGAAGAUGGAGAUUGACGCUAUUCUGCUUACUUCUGGCCCCCAUAAUCCUCUCUGCUCCAGUUGCCAGCCUCUGAUCUACCGAGUUGUCCGGCAACCGCCGUUUUCAGGCGAUCUGGUCCAGCAAACUCUGCUUACAUUUACAGACAGUGAUAUUGAAAAGGACAUGGAGUACCAGUACAGAGUUCAGGUGGAAGCAGACGGUCUUCUCAGUGAGCUCUCCCCACCUCUUUUCUACACCCAUGGAGCUGCCUACUGCGGUGACGGUCUUCUCCAGGGGACAGAGGACUGUGACGAUGGCAAUCUGUUGGAUGGUGAUGGCUGCUCUAAGAAGUGCCACAUGGAGUCAGGCUUCAACUGCAAUGGUGAACCCAGCCUGUGCUACGUCUUUGAGGGUGAUGGUGUGUGUGAGGAGUUUGAGAGGGGCUCCAGCGUACAGGACUGUGGUUACUUGACCCCUCAUGGGUACAGUGAUCAGUGGGCCUCCACCGCAGCAGCCUCCCAUCAGGACCAAAGCAGCUGCCCUGCCCUUGCAGCCACCGGAGAGCCCUCGCUUAGCAAGUUGUGCAAGCCCCAGUACCUGGAGAUGAAUGAGAAGCCGUCACAUGACAUAUGGGUUCCAUGCACGGCCCAGUCGUACACUCAGACCUACUACGAUGAGGAAGAUACAGUAUGGCUAAAGGUGGGAUUUACGCAACCUGGAGUUGCCGCGUCUGUCAUCAUCUAUCUGGCCUCGGACGGAGCCUGGCCUGGAGAGCAGUGCAGGAAAACAGUCACCAUCCAACUGUGUGAUACUGGUGGCAGAAACCACUCCCUGGGUUCCUUUGAGCUGUCGUGCCAGCAGAAUCCUCUAGUGGUGAACGUGACACACAACCUGAGUCAACCCUUCUUCCUGACCACCGCUGUCAUCCUCAACUUCUCCUCGCCCUUCGUUGCCGUGACGGGAGUCGCUCUGCGCACGUCGUGUCACUUCAGCGCAUUUGCCCUCACUGGCUGUUCACGGCGGCCCUGCCAGAUGGACACAUGCAGUCCUCCUCAGUUGGAGCAUGCCUCUGUCACCUGCAGCCCCGAGACAGAGAGGACUGAGACCUCUCACUGCACUGUCCACUGUCAUCCAGGUUUCAUCCUCGCUGUGCUCAGUGGCAAGGGUAAUCCACCCUUUCAGCAGGAAACAGAGCUUCAGUGUCUAAAUGGAGCAUGGGACCGUGUUGUGAGCUGUCAGCUAAUUGACUGUGGGCCCCCUGACCAGUCUCACGUCUACUUCGCUGUCUUCAGUUGCCCCUGGGGAACAACAUUUGGCAAGCAGUGCUCUUUCACCUGCAACCCCCCCGCCAUGCUUCAGGGGGACAGUGAUAGGUUGGUGUGCCUAGAUGAUGGUCUAUGGUCCUUCCCUGAAGCCUACUGUAAGAUAGAGUGCCCAGAGCCUCCUACAGUACCUAACGCCAAGCUCCUAGUACCCCAGUGCAAUGGUACAGGACAUGAUGUGGGUACCGUAUGCCGUUACAAAUGUAACCCAGGUUACUAUGUUACGGCCAGCCUAAACACAAAGUCAAGAAAGAGGUUUCUGAAGGUGGAGUGUGUAGAGGGGGGCCAGUGGGAGGAGGGGGGCUGUGAACCCGUUCCCUGUCCAUCUCUGCUUGCUGUCUUUGAGGGCAUGUACACCUGCACCAAUGGCAGGCACUACAACAGCCUCUGUACCCUCCUGUGUCCCACCACCUCGGAAAACCACACAAUUCGCUGCACUAAAGAUGGCAGGUGGACAGAGGAGUUCACCAUGUGUACAAGGUUAGCUGGAUCCUGCCCACCUCCGCCUGAUGUCAAUCAGGUUCAGUUUGCCUGUGACGAGGGUUUCAAUGUUGGUGCAGUUUGCUACCCAACAUGCAGUGCGGCCCUGCAUGACCCAGUGGUUUUAGUCAAUGACACCACAGCAGACAACGUUAAGCACUGGAUGCUGCCAGGCAGGGUUCAGGACAUUGUCUGCACAGGAAUGAUGAGAUGGCAUCCUGACCCCAAACUCCUACAAUGUAUCCAGUCAUGUGAGCCCUUUGGGGGAGAUGGUUGGUGUGACACCAUCAACAACCGGGCCUACUGCGAGUAUGAUGGAGGGGACUGCUGUCCAUCCACACUCUCAACCAGAAAGGUCAUUCCGUUUGGUGCCAACUGUGAUCAGGAUGAAUGCAAUUGCCGUGAUCCAAACGCCGAGGAGAACAAGAGUAAAGCCAAAUACUUGGAAGCAGGACUGUUAUGAACGAUGGAUCGUUAUGUGUGAACAGGGCCAAGGCUGGCUCACAAUGAAACAACACCAGAUGAACUUCACCCCUGGACAUGAUAUAUUUCCAUUUUGUUUUCCUAUUAGGGAGCAAUGAAGGUAAUCUCUUCUUAGACAAAAAAUAAAAACUGUUUUAAUAUUGUAGCUUUUAGGAUUACAACACAAUAACUAAUCUGUAAAGACGACUAACUUGUAUAGAAUAAUAUAUUUGGGGAAUCUCUAAUUUAGUAGAUGUGGUUAUGGAAGACUACAGUAUUAUAACAUCAUAUCACAUAAUACAUAUGUAUGCAUAUCAUAGGUACCUAACUUAACACCUUCUGCUAAGAGAGUUGUUGUUAGAUGUAGCAGUUCUCAAUAUUCCAUGCAGAUAUUGUGUAAUCCUGUUCUGUGUGAUAUUAUACUGUACUUUACACUUGAUGUUGAAUAAACCGUAAUAAA